AUGGGUGGAAAUCAAAGUAAUAUAAAUAAUUUUAAUAAUAAUAACAAUAGUAGUAAUAGUAGUACAAUUGUAAUAUUAAAAGAUGAUAAUAAUAAUUUAAAUAAACAAAAAUCAUUUAGAAAGAAAUUGAAAAAUGUUUUUCAAAAAAAAGAUAAUAUUAAUAAUAAUAAUGUAGUAGAAUCAAUACCAACAUCAACAUCCUCUGAAAUAUUAUUUUUAGAGGAUGAACAGUUGACAGGACCAGAAAAUAGAAUACAAGAGAUUUAUGAUAAUCUUUGUUUAGAAGAACAAUCAAGGGUAUCUGAAUAUCUAUCAUUAAUGAAAACUGUCAGUUUCUCUCAUUUUCAAUUAAAAUGUCAGCGUCAAUAUCUUCAAAAGUGUUUGGAUCUACACGAAAAAAAUAAAGAUAUCGAUCCUAAUCUUUAUUUACUACUCCAAAUUCAAUUAGAAGAAAAAUAUAUCAAUGAUAACUUAAUACUUGAAAAGUUUAAACCAACCAACAUUGAAUUUACACUUCCAACAAAAUCAAAACUAUCUAAAUCAUCACCAUUAAACGCAAACAAUAACAACAAUAUUCCUAUUAUUAUUAACAAACAAAUUGAAAAACAAAAAUCUGAUUCCAUUUCUGAAAAUUACAACUCCAUUCACAAAUUAAGUAUUAAUAACAGUUUUAACUUUCUUAAUAAUAUUCAUAAUAGUUAUAAUAAUAGUUAUAUUAACAAUAGUUAUAAUAAUAAUAAUAAUAAUAAUAAUAAUAAUAAUAAUAAUAAUAGUUAUAAACUAAGUAAAUCAUUAAAUUAUAAUGAAUUUAAUUUUGAUGAUAAUUUAACUUUUGACAACAUAAAAGGUGUUGUUGAUGUUGGUGUUGGUAGUAGUAGUAUUAAUAAUAAUAAUAAUGAUUAUUUAGAUACAACAAUAGCAUUCAAUAAUAAUAAUAAUAAUAAUGAAUAUGAUAAUGAUACACACUAUUGUAUCAAGAAUGUUGUAACAUCGGAUGUUGGUGUUAAUCCGACGAUAUUGGAUAAUCAAUUAUUCAAGAAAGACGAUUGUAUCAUGAUAUUCAAGCGUUCAGAGAUACCAGAACUUAUUAUACGUGAAAUCAAGUUCUCUGAUGAAUCUGCAUUCAAAUCAUUCGUUGGAAUUCAUCUUGAAAAUCAACAACAACAACAACAACAAGAUGAUAUUACAUUGAUACAGUUAAUCAAAACACCUUUGAAUGAAUACAUAGAUUAUCUUCAUGAUAAUAACAACCGUAGACAACAACAUUAUCAACAACUGUGUACAAGUGGUAGUGUCAGUUCGAAUCAACACCAACUAAUGCAGUUUAAUAAUAACAAUAAUAGAUUCUCCUCAUCCAAGAAUGACAUUUCAAAAGGUGUUAGCUCAAUACCUUUAGAGCUACCUUCAAGUAUAGAGUUGAUUAAGCUUUACAAUAAACGAGUUAGACGACGUAGAGAAAGAGAAGCGAUGCGACAACGUCGUGCAAGAGUAGACAGUCAGAGAGAGAUACCUCAGUAUACUCCUUCAAAGUUUAUCGAUCGUUUCAUUUUAAAUAGAGAAAAGUCAAGAGAUAGAGAUAUAAUGAAUCAACAACAACAACAACAAAUAGAACAACAAAAUAAUAAUAAUAAUAAUGAAAGAAGACAACAUAUCAAUAUUGUAUCUGAUAAUCAUGAAUUCAUAGAACUGCAGCAACAUUCAAUGGUUGAAUAUAUCUUGGCGGUAUUCCCCGAUUUAGAGAGAGAAGAACUGCAACACAAGGUAAAGAGAUAUAUGAAAUCGGAUGUGUUGAUCGAUCCAGAGUCGAUCAUCAACGAUCUCAUCAAUGGUGAGAUAUUCAUACCUACCUAUACCGCAUUGAAAGAGUUUGAAGCAAGACCAACUGAAUUCGAUCUCGAUUCAAAGUCCGAUGACUACGAGUAUGACAAUGGAUUUCAAGAAUUGGAUCAAUUCGAUCAAACUGAUAGUGAUAAUGAUGAUAAUGAUGAUAAUGAUGAUCAACAACAACAACAACAACAACCAAUUGUUAUUACAGAGCAACAACAGCAACAACAGCAACAACAACAACAACAGUUGCAACAACAAUUACAACAAACAACACCAUCACUUCUUAAAUUUCAACAAGAGUUGGUAAAUCAUGAUAUGAUGAUGUUACAACAACAAGAGUUGGAGCUAAUUAAUGAUGAUGAUAUCUUUAACUCCACUGUUAACAUACCUAUUGCCAGGCAAUUAAAGAAUACAGUCGAGAAGAUCUCCUUAUGCGAACUACCAGUAGCUUAUCGUCUGCCACCACCACACCAAGCUUUAGUACGGCAACUCGAUCCAGUUCACAUGCCAACCUGA